GUGUAGUGAAUGUACUCUUGACCACUCCUCUUUGGGUAGUGAACACACGUCUGAAGCUGCAGGGAGCAAAAUUUAGAAAUGAAGACAUUGUCCCAACCAAUUAUAAAGGCAUAAUAGAUGCCUUUCAUCAGAUAAUACGAGAUGAAGGAGUCUUAGCUUUAUGGAAUGGUACUUUCCCCUCCUUGCUGCUGGUCUUCAAUCCUGCCAUACAGUUCAUGUUUUAUGAAGGCUUUAAACGGAAGCUUUUGAAAAAGCAGCUGCAACUCACGUCUUUGGAUGCUUUUGUCAUCGGCGCAAUAGCCAAAGCGAUUGCCACCACCCUCACUUAUCCUCUGCAGACAGUACAGUCAAUUCUGCGGUUUGGACGCCACAGGUUGAACCCAGAGAACCGAACACUAGGCAGUCUUAGAAAUGUUCUUUACCUUCUUCAGCAGAGAGUAAGGCGUUUUGGAUUAAUGGGACUCUACAAAGGCCUUGAAGCAAAGCUCCUGCAGACAGUCCUUACUGCUGCUCUUAUGUUUCUGGUGUAUGAGAAACUGACUGCUGCAACCUUCACAGUCAUGGGAUUAAAGCAUUCGCGCAGACAUUGAAAAAGGAACCUAUGCCAAAGAUUAUGGGGUCUAGAAAACAUGUUCCAUUUCUGAGACCAGGCUGGGUAACAAAGGGUCCUCACUUUCUCUAUUUCUUUCUUUUUAGCCACUUCCAUCUCCAUUAUUUGAAGAAAUUUGGAAUAUACUCUAUAGGACCUGUUGCCAUGAAUUCAGGGAUAGCCCAUUCCCUACUCUUCUGUGGACUCACUUUGUUAAGAAACAAAGCAGAGACCUUAUUUAAGCACUUGACAUGAAAUUUUAACUACUAUAUGUUUUGGUUCCCAUUCUUGGCAAGAAUGAGUAUCUCUCACUACACUUUCUUGUUUUCCCUUAAAUCAUUCUCAACUAUUCUAUCUUUAUCUUCCAUUGGCAGCUGGUGGGGCUGGUUUCAUGUUAUUUUCCUUGGCCUGUCUUUGUGUCACUUCUUGUUUGGUUCAUUAAAAUAAUUCAUGAAGAACAA